AUGGACUCCCACACCUCAAGAGGCGGGCACCUGGUUGCCACGGAUGGCCGAGAGGUGGUUUACUGUCACGCCUGCUCCCACGAGUGGUGGCAAGAUGAGCAUGGUCUUCAGUGCCCUCGUUGCGAAAGCGAGAUUACAGAGAUUGUUUCUCCCGAGAACGACCCCAGAGAGAUCGAGGAUGGUCCCCCGCUGCACGAUUCCCCGAGACUCAGACGUCAUAUCUACGACGACGAUUCGGAUCCUGAAGAGGCGGAUAUAGAGGAGCAUCUGCAUCGCGGCCCAGGCGGGUUCGUCGUACACCGAGCGAUCUGGGAUAAUUCUCAGCGCCCAGGACAGAGUCCAAACCCAAACACGCGCCAGCCCCCCGAUGUGAACGAUGGCGAUCAGAUCAUUCGACGCUUUAUUGAUAUGGUGAACGAUUUCGGCAUGGGCAUGCCACCGCGACCUCCUGACGAGACUCGCCCUCCUGGCUUUGGCGCUGGUGGAAGUAUUUUUGGCGGCCAGGGCAAUGUUCGCACAUUCCAGAGAACAGGUCCCGGAGGCACCACAAGCUUCACGAUCGCCACUGGACCCAUCCAUGUUCACCAAGGAGGAGCUAACUCGCCUACUGGAGCUGGAGGCGACCCCUUCCAGUCUAUCUUCAGCAGCGUCCUAGCUGGAGCAGGACCCCCUCAACCGGCCGGAAUGGGCCCCGGCCAGGGACAGCGCGCGCCUAAUCAAGCGCCUACACUUCUUCAUGAGAUUCUCAACAUGCUCAACCCAGCCAACGCCUCGCACGGCGAUGCUGUGUACACCCAGGAGGCCCUGGACCGGAUCAUUUCUCAAUUGAUGGAGCAGAAUCCGGCAUCGAACGCGGCACCCCCGGCGACUGAAGAUGCGCUCAGCAAGCUCAAGCGCAAAAAGGUCGACAAGGAGAUGCUUGGCCCCGAGGGCAAGACUGAGUGCACAAUCUGCAUUGACGAUUUCAACGAGGGUGACGACGCUACAGUGCUGCCCUGUAAGCAUUGGUUCCACGACCAGUGCGUCGUCAUGUGGUUGAAGGAGCACAACACUUGCCCCAUAUGCCGUACGCCGAUUGAAGAGCCUAGCGGCGGCAGCAGCAACAAUAACGAUAACAACAAUAAUAACAAUGCGAAUGCGAGCGGUUCAAACAACGGCGGCAAUGUCGACGACAACAACCCAUCGCAAACCCGCCCCGGAGCAGCGCCUGGCUCGUCAGAGAGCCAUCAAGACUCGUUCUGGCCCGGCAAUGAUCCUGGACACUGGGCAAAUUCGAUGAGAGGAAUUCCCCCUCGGUCGAAUUAUAUGGACGCGACCCCUCCGGUACCUGCCGACUCCACGAGACCCCAGCCGUCGUUUGUCGAUGAACUCUACGGACGCUACGGGGCUUCCAGCACUGGCCGCAGUGACCCGCAACGUUCCCAGGAAACGAGCCGAAUGCCCAGCUUUCGAUCGGCUAGACGGGACUCUCAUUCGCCCCCGAGCCUCCGCCGACACCAGUCCGACGUGUUUCGAGCUAGGCAGCGUAGUCCCUCGUCCGGUAAUUGGGACAGAGGUCAGGACAGCAACCAGGACAGUAACCAGGACGCCGGAUCCAACCACGGCCCGCUUAAUUGGCUGAGAAACCAGUUUUCUCGAGGAUCGGGUUCGGGAGAUAGUAACCCGCGUGAGAGACGGAGACAGUAA